CUUCUCCUCCUGCGGGCCUCCUCGCCCAGCGGACUCCUACUCUGCUGCGCUCCGCUCCGUUCCGUUCCGCUCCCCUCCUCGCGGCAGCAAUCGAAUGUCUCCCGACGUAGACGCCGCCGUGGCAACCGCCGUCGCUCCCGGGGGAGGCUGCGGCGGUGACGGAGAGGCGGGCGCCGGCACGUCGUCGUCCCCGGCGUCCGCGGCGAACGGGCGGGCGUUGGUGCGGUGGGACCAGAUCCUCCCGCGCCGCUCCCUGCGGGUCCUCCUCGUCGAGCACGACGACUCCACGCGCCAGGUCGUCACCGCGCUGCUCCGCAAGUGCGGCUACCGCGUGGCCGCGGUCGCGGACGGGAUGAAGGCGUGGGGGGUCAUGCGCGAGCGCGCCUACGCGUUCGACCUUGUCCUCACCGAGGUCGCCAUGCCCUCCCUCUCCGGCAUCCAGCUGCUCUCCAGGAUCGUCGCCGCCGACGAGUGCAAGAACAUCCCCGUCGUCAUGAUGUCAUCCCAAGAUUCUAUUGGCACGGUGCUCAAGUGUAUGCAGAAGGGUGCGGUGGACUUCCUUGUGAAACCAGUGAGAAAGAAUGAACUGCGUAACUUAUGGCAACAUGUGUGGAGGCGGCAUGCAAUGAAUUGCCAGACAAAUGGAUCAGAAAAUAAUGCAGCCAGCAAUCAUAUUAGUGCCAACGUUGCUAAUGGGUCAAAGACAGGAGAAAACAGCGACGAGGAAAGUGAUGCCCAAAGCUUUGGUAGCAAGAGGGAUACUGAAAUUCAUAGUGUUGAGGCGGUACAAGAUAUUCGUAGAGAUGAAGUGGCUGGCUCAUCCAAAAAUAACGAACUACAAAAUAAGUCUUAUGAUGGAGUAAACACAAAAGUGGAUGUGUCAAAAUAUACCAAUGGUGCUCCAAGUGGAAGUGAGAAGAAUGUGCGGUCCAAAUGCCUUAACGGUAUUACUUCUGCAAAGGUGGCUGAGCAAAUUAUGGAUAAUGCCUUGAGGAUCACGGAUGCAAGUUCACGCCGUCCAACAAAUCUUGGCAAUGGUUUGGCUAUGACUGAGCCAGCAGCUGACAGAAAAUGUCAAUCUUCGGUCAUGGAAAAUAAUGCUGUCACAGAAAAUAACCCUGGUGAUAAGUCGAAGGGUGCUGCAAUAGGUCAUGCUGAUUCUUGCCCCUCCGAAUUUAUGGUGACCAACUUGGGGAAGGAACACCAUCUUAAUGGUUACAAAAACCAAGAAUUCAGGGAAAAAGAUAUCUUUAAUCACUCGAAUUCCUCUGCCUUUUCAAGAUAUGGCAAUAAAAGGAUAGAACCAUCAGGUGAGAUUCAGUUUUUCCCUUCUCCCUGCGUCAUUGGGCAAGGGCAUGUUAAUGGCAAGAACCCAGUUUUCCAACCCAAUGGGGUGUUGCUGCCUCCCAAUGAACAUAAUACAGGUGAGAGUACAAGGCAAGCUCGAAUUUCUCUGGACAGUAGGACAGAGGGUGCUGCCAUCCUGUGUUCCACUAGUGCCAGGGAAGAUGCUGGUGCAAAUAGUUCUUCCCAUAGAAAGGACAGUAUGAGCCAUCCCUCAUAUGGGUUUAUACCUGUUCCAAUUCCUGUUGGUGCCACGAUGCCGUACCAUUAUGGUGCGAUUCUGCAGCCCGUAUACUACCCACAGAGUCCUCUUAUGCACUGUGAUUCAGCUGGAAUCAACAAGGCAGCAAUCCAGCAUGCCUCUGGGCAACCUAAUUACCAUGAAGCUCCCGGUAAACCAUCUCAUGUUCUUAUUGAACACAAACAGUCAGAGGAAAACCACCAGUUGCAUCAUUCAAGACAAAUUCUUCGGGAAUCAGGAGAACCAAUUGACAUGGCGAGAGCUCACGUGGAUCGUGCUAACCAGACUGCAAGCUGCAGCCAAGGUAUCUGUAAAGGAAGUGGAUGCACAUGUAGUGGUGAAGCCGAUAUCAACGCAAACACAAUGGUUGCCCUAGAGAGUGGCAACGAGAGUGGAAUCCAAAAUGGUGACAGGUCUCGCCGUGAAGCUGCGUUGAUGAAGUUUCGCAUGAAAAGGAAAGAUAGAUGCUUCGAGAAAAAAGUUAGGUAUCAUAGCAGGAAGAAGCUCGCAGAGCAAAGGCCAAGAGUUAAGGGACAAUUUGUAAGCCAAAAGCUGAACUCAGCUACAACAACAGACGCAGAAGCUGACUCGUGACCGGCGUCAAGUCAUCACUGUAACUUAUUCUUCCCUUCCCACCAGGUGUGGGCAAUCGGACUUGUAAGACUGAAGGCUGGCAGAAGUUUUUUCCCUUCCAUGGUUAGCCUUUCUGCACAAUGGGUGAACUCUUGUGUCGGGUGUUUGGUGCCGUUGUGGCCUUAUUUUUGUAAAGUGCAUCAAAUUGACAAAUGUUCAGAGGGGAAUGGGUUGGGGGUUUAGGAAAACGGUGCAGCUGCCAGAUUUCGCCUAUGUACUUAGAUGUUUGUGGGGGGUGAGAAAGCAGAGCCUGUACAGCUUAUUCACCCAUUUUGUUGCCAUUACACUAGUAGUGACUUGUACUAUGACAACAGUAGACAUUGUUGUACAGCCUUACCAGUC